AUGCCGCCCCCUCCUCCUUCUGCGCCUCUGGCCCUAGGUUCUUCUGCUUCCUCCAUCGCCUUGGAGCGCGUCCUUUUGGGGAUGGCCCAGCUGCGGGAGGAUCUCCUGGGCGCGGACUCGCGCUUGGCAGCCGGGCGCCUGGAGCUGGCCUCUGGCUGGCUUCACUCUGAGUCGGCAGUUCGAGCGUCGCUGAGCCAGGCCGCGGCGGCCUCUGAGAAGGAGAAGCAGGCCGCCGCCAAAGCUGCGGCCGAUCGCGAGGCGGCGCUGAAGGACGCCGAGGUCGCCCGCAACCGCUGCCGAGAGUUGGAGGAUGAGCUGAAGAGCCAGCGCGACCAGCGCGCAGAAGAAGCACGUGGCCGCCAGGCGAAGGAGGAGGAGAUGAGGGCCCGGGAGGACGCCAUCAAGGGCCACAAUGCCGAGCUGGGAGAGCUGGCGAAGGCGCAGGCCGCGGAGCGCAGCCGGCUGGAGGAGUUGGAGCGAAAGGCGAAGGGGGCCGAUCUUGACACCAAGGCAAAGGUCCUGGCUGAAGACUGCUUGGCCUUCUCGCUUCUUGAGGAGAGGUCCAGCGUGGCGCUGAAGUCACUGGGCAGAUACAGGAUUAUGCCUGCGGACAUCGUCGCCUACCGGAACAACCUAGCUGCAGCACAGGUGGAGCCUCAGCAGUGGGAUCCACAGGCACCCGCUCCACAGGAUUUCGACGUAGGACCCCAUGGUUUCUUUGACUACUGA